AUGAAGUCGGCGACCAGUUCCGAGGACGUCGUCCGCGUGACCGAGGAUCUGUCCGAGUGCCGCAAUCGGCUGGACGCCGGCAUCGAGGAGAAUCGGCGGAAUCGGCAGGUCAUCCAGGAUAUUAAUGAUCAGGCAAGCAUCCGAAUACUUCUUUUUAUUCCGUUUUAUUUGUGUUUUUGUUGAAUGCUAGUGCGUGCGCAAGCGAUUUUCGCUGUCCGCUUUCCGAUACAAAAGUGAAAGUGAUCGGUGUGUGUACUUGUCGCUUCUCUUUGCAAUUCAACUGGACACAACUUUUGACGGCAAAAAUGGGGGAAUAAGAGAGAGAGAGAGAGAGAGAGAAAUAAGUGAAUGAUAAUAGAACUGAUAAGUGGAGACCUUGACCUUCUGAAUCCUUUCUUUCAGCUGCAACGCUUCCGUCAACGAGCGAACGCAGAGUCCGUGGAGUCGUUCAACCUGUCCGCAAGUCCCGAUGUCACCCUCUCCUCCAUUGCUCACCCGAACCUCACUCAUCUCCACAACCAAACCAACAUCUCAAUGCCCUCGCUGACCAUUGACAUUCCCUUGAACACCACCACCAUGAUCCAUUCCUCGCGAACUCCGAACUAUGCGAUCAAUGGAAUCCGAAACAGACACAAGUCAACGGGGGCCCACAGAUAUCGAUCGACCAGCCCUAUCGGAGACUAUGGUAGACAUCGGAGCAGUCCGAGAGUGCUGGCUCAUUACAAUCUCGAAGGUGCCGAAUUGGGAGGCGAAGAGAAUCUGGAUGAACUGUUUUCCAAAUUGAAGGAGGAAUUGUUCAAGUGAGUUAUCAGGGGAAGGGCCGGCAAUGAUAAGAAAGAUAGGGGUUUAGGAACAACACACUGGAAGAGGUCAACGAGAUGCUCCGCGAGGAGAACGAUGCCGCUCUGGUUGCGAAUGAGCACUUGAGAGUGGAUGCGACCAAUCUGUCGAGGGAGCUUCAGCAGCUCCAGCAACAGCAGCAUAUGGAGUCGAUGAGGUUUCGAUCCGAGAAUACGGUAUGUCUGGGAAGAGAGAGAGAAAGAGUUGGGAGCCAAUAAAGAAAUUCCGAAACGGAAGUACAAUUUUGACCGGAAGCUUCUUCAAAAAAGGGCACCCUCCCUCUCUCUUUUUAUGUCUCCGGAAACGUUUUGCUCUUGCAGCGCUAUCGAAAUCAAAUGGAGAGCCAGCACCGGAAGUUGAUCAGCCUUUGGAAGGAGUUCACGGCCGUCAAACGACAGGUAACCUCAUUCUAUUCCGCCCCCACUUCUUUGCUCUUCAGCUUCACGAAUUACGCACGACGACUGCCAACGAUUUAGACCGCCAAUUGACCGAAUUCACGCGGUGCGCAACACUCAUGCGAAAGGCCAUUCGACACGCCGAGCAAAAGGUUUGUAAGCAAAAGAGCACGAGCACUUUUUGAAUUGCGAAGGGACAUCGAAUUGUCGUUCAGAAUUUGAGACUUCCGAUGCUUCUCUCUUUUCUUCGUUUAUCAAAAUUUCUUAAUGCGCAUUUUGUUAGUUGACAAUUCUUUGAUAUCUCUACAGGCAGCUGAGAUAUAUCGUCUUGUUUUACCGCAAAUAUCUCUUUGCAGAACAACGACAUGAAAGAGCAGAUGAAGCGGGAAAAAGACGACGUGCUGGACGAGACUCUCCGUCAGCUCAAUUCUGUCACCGAGAAUUACAUGAAGGUGAGCCACUUACCUCCUCCGUUUUCGAAACAAUUACCUCGGCCGCUUUCCCUUGCUCACAACUCAAAUUACAUAUUUCAUUCGCACAGGCGGAGGAGAAGGCGAACGAGCGGCAGCGUGAUUUGAAGCGAAAAGAGGACGAGUGCAGGAAGCUGCGCGAGCAGAACGACGAGCUUUCGGAUAUACUGGAGCAGCUGGCCCGGAUGACGAACGAGAUGACGGGCGCGAGAGGCAGAAGUCAGAGUCCUUCGGCGGUUGUAGUUGACACCACCACCUAUGCACUUUUCAGUUCGUUUCUUUUUGUGAUUGGAUGAUAUUAGGGGAUGUAGACAUGAAACCGUAACUUGCAACAUUCUAGACAUUAGGCAACUUUGUUUUCAUCACUGACUUAGUAACAGCAGAACUUAGUGAUAUCUUGUCUGUUCGUUCACUGUCCAACAAUUCACUUUCAGAGGAGAAUCCGAUGGAGGUGGCACGGAAGAUGAGAAAGCUUCUCACGACAAAGAACGGAGAAAUCGACGAAUCGAAAGAAGUGGCCCGUCAAGCAGAGAAAGAAAGAGACAGAGCAAAGAAGGAUCUGGAGAAAGAGGAGAAGAGGAGGAAGGAGGAUCGGGAAGCGGAAAGGAAGCGAUCGAGUAUCUACUCGCAGAGAGAGCACGACUUGAAGAAGCUGGAGGACGAUCUGAGAAAGGCAUCCGAGAAGAUCAGGAACCUCGAGGAGCAAAAGGAGAGCCAAGAGAAACUGACGACUUCUGUGCAGAACUCUCUGAAUGAAGCACAUCGCCAACACAAGCAGUUCAUCGAGGAGCUGAUGAUCAGGCAUCGGGAAGAACUCAAAGAACGGGAGGAUUCGCACGAAGAAACGUUGAGGACGAGAGAUUCGGAUGAGAAGAACAGGUUCGAGAAGGAACGAUCUGAACGGGAAAAAAGCAGGAAAGAAGCGGACGAGUUGAGAGAGACGCAGAGAUCUCUGAAAGCAGACUUGGCAGCGAUGAAAACGGAUGUGGAGGACAAGGUACUGAGGAUGGAUAUGUUGGAAAACGAGCGGGACGAACUGAAGAAGAGACUGGCGGCGGAGAGGGAAAACGCGGAUCAGAGAGACUUCGAGAUCGCAGAGUGCCGAGCCAAGAUCGAUGAGAUGCAGGAGAAGGAGGCGGAACUUCGGAAGGAGCUCGCAGAGAGCCAGGCGACGGUUUCGGCGAUGGAAGGAGAAGGAAAGCUCAGUGAGGAACAGUUCCUGGAGAGCAAAAGCGAGUUGAGCACACUGAUGGAGCAGCUGGAGGGACUGAACAUUGAACUGGAGAACAAGAACGAAGAGAUCAGGAAUCUAAAGACGUCAAUUCAAGAAAAGGAGGUGAUCAUCCAAAAUGUGAGGACAUCCACUCACACGCUGACGGCCACGUACGAAGAGGCGAACGGAGAGAUCGAGCUGCUGAAGGUGGAGCUCACGCGUCUACAUGAGCAGCUCAAUGAGAGAACGAGGCAUGUUUCGGAAGCGAACGAGAAGUUCGACGACGCCGCAAGAAAGAACGAUGCACUGGCGGAAGACGUCGCCACGUGGCAGGACAAGUACGAGACUCUCAGGACGGAACUCGAGGAGCUCAAGAGACGUGGAGCUGAGAAAGAACGAGAAGAAGCAGAGCUUAGAUCACUUCUGGACGAUCUUCGAGCCAAUUUCGACAAACUGACAAACGAACUGAAACAGAAGGGAGUCACUGUGGACAGCCUGAAUGAGGAGGUUUCGACGCUGAAAGAGCAAUUGAGCAAAUCGGAGAAAGAGCGGAAAGAGGAGUUCUCAGGAUGGAGGAAUCCGAGAAGAAGAAUGAAACGGAGAUGAGGGAGGAGUACGAGGCAAAGAUUAAAUUGGCAGAGAAGGACCGGCUAGCAGUGGAGAAGUUCGGAAAGGAAUGCGAGGGACGGCUGAACGAACUGACGAAGAUACAUGAGCUUUUGAUGGAAGAGCACGAUCAGUUGAAAGUGGAUCACUUGCACACGGGUGAAGAAGUGGACAGACUGAAAGAGAAGAUGAAGAAGGAGUUGGAGAAGGCCAACGAGCAGAAUGAAGGAGAUCGGCAGGAAUGGAGCAAUGAAAGGACCCGGGUGAGCGAACAAAACAAAAAUGUCAAUGAGUUUUAAUUUCAGAUUGAGACCUCGAAGAAUGAGUCAAUAUCAGAACUGCAAGAGCGUGUCAUGAAGCUGGAAGAUCUGGUGAAAGAGAAGGAGGACAAGGAGAUUGUGCUCAGAAGAGAUCUGGAAGAUGGAGGUGAAAAGGCCCAUAGUCUGGAGGAGAAGUUGAGGAAAAUGGAGAUGCAGGACGAAGAGAAAGAGUGAGUGAUCUCCUGAGUAAUGAGAGAUCGAUUGAUGAUUUCAGAGAGGAUCGGAAGAAAGAACAGAAGACUGUCCAAGAAGAGAGACUGAAGCUUCUGGAGCAGAAAGAGGAGGCGAUGCUCGUUGCCACCAAACACGCCACAACAAUCGACCAACAGACCAGAAGGAUAUCCGUUCUGGAAGGCGAAAUCGAGAAGCUGGCGGUCGGAUUGGCAGACAAAGACAGCUCCAUUGUGGCUCUUGAGUCGAAUACCAUGGAACUGAUAACCAAGUUGGAAAUGACUGAGGCCGAACUGGAGAAAAUGAAGGACGAGCUGGCAGUGAUGGUGAAGCAGAACACCGAACUGAAGAACGGAAAAGAGGGACUGAGCGAGAAGUGGAAUGAGGAACGGAAGAAGAUCCAGGAGCUGGCGGAUCAGCUGAGAGAGGCCAACAAGGUGGUGCACAGCAUUCGCAUGAAAAAUGUGAACUUGGAGGAGAAGAAGAACGAGUUGGAACAGAAUGCGGCUGCGUUGGGCAACAAGGUCCGACAGCUCGAGAUACAGUUGAUGGACAAGGCCGCCAAGAAUGAAGUGUCCGGGGAUCUGCUCAGGAAGAUGGAGCAUGAUGCACAGAACAUGCUCAAGCAGGCGCAGAGUGAACAGUUCAGGCUCACAGACCUCGAGAAGGUUAGGAAAGCUCUCCAAGAUGAGAAUCAACGUCUUGUGAACGACCUGGCAACUGUGAAGGCGGCAUUUGAAGUGAAGAGGGAGACGAGUAAGUCCGCGAUCAGCGACAUUCUCGACAAGUACAGAAGUGCCGAGGAUAAGGCCAGCAAGGGAGAGCUGGAGAAUCAGAAAUUGAGGAGCGAACUGGCGACCGUCUCGUAAGAUACCACUGACUUCUCGCAUCUCAUCUAACCAAAUCAAUUUAGAAUGAAACUGGAACGUCAGGAACUGAAGGCCAAGGACGCAGAUCAUCGUUUGAAAGACAUCCACAAGCGGUACGAGGAAAUUCAGACGAAACUCUCGAAUCUUCAGAGGUCUGCCGUGGAAUCCCUUCAGAAUCGUACGUUCUUAUCUCUCUAACCUCAUACCUUUUUUCCAUCUUCUUAUUUCUCAGCAAUCUCCUCUCACCGUCAAAACCGUUCCAUUUACGUUGAUAUUCCCCGGGCGGCAUCGAGCAUCGGUCUCAAUGAGAAUUCGGAGGAAGUACCUCUCCGCAGAUCUCCUUCCGUUCGCUUCGCAGACAGUUCGCAGAGCAUGCAAAGAGCCGUCGACUCGAUGGAUGUAAGCUCUUCCGUUGGAGUGACCCUCCGAUUCUUGAAGGAGAGAAUCGAGCAGUUGGAGAUUGACAAGGCCGAGUUGGCGGAUGCAUUGGAGAAGGCGAAGGACGAGUUGAGGGACCGGGGAGAGAAGUUGGCGGAUCGGCAGAUGGUGAUAGAAAGAGUCGAGAGGCAGCUGAUUCAUAUUACGGAAGGUACAGUUAUCUUUGUGAAGCCUCCUAACUAACUGUUUCUUUUCGCAGAACGCAACACAAUUGAGAACAGAAUGACGAGCCAGAGGCAAAUGUACUUGACGAACGAGGAAUCCUCUAGAUCAAAAGAGCACGAACUCCGUAGCAUGAAAGCUCGAAUCUCCACGUUGGAAUUGCAUUUGAGAGAGAAGGAGUCCAAGUUAUCGCAUCUCAAAAAGGAAAUCGAAGUGCUGCACGGACAACUCCACGAUGCGAUCGAAUCAAAGGAAAAGCGACUGGACUCGUGGGAGUGCACGAUUCGAAACAUCGAGAAAUCGAAGAACAGCUGGACCGAGCCAACAGAGAACGGGAAGCGGCUAUCGGAAAACAGAGGAGAACGGCGGCGGAGAACGAUAAUCUGUUCAGGAAGUUGGAUCAGUUGGAGAAGGAAAGAGAGCAGUUGAUGAGGGAGAUCACCGACGAACGACGGCUCAACGAGAAGAACAGAACGAUGCUGGAAGAGCUGCGAGUCAGCGAACGCACUUGGAAAUCGGCGGUGAGCACUGCGAAGAAAACGGUGGAAGAGCAAGAAAGAGCAGUCCAUGAGCAGAGAAGAUGGGAGGAGUCGCACCACGAAAUGAACAACCGGAACACGGCAUUGACGAAGGAGUGCGAUAGACUGAGAGUGGAGAUGAGAGAGCAACUUAACAGAAUGAACGGACUCAAUCUGAGAACGGUGGACUACGAGCGGAAGAACGAAGAGCUCUCGGGCAAACUCGUCGUCAUGCAGAACACUGUCGCGGCACUCAAAAAGUUCGAGGAGGAAUGGAAGCGAUUGGAGACGGAGAUGAGGGCGGAGCUCAAGGUUCUCAGAAAAGGUACCCGCACUCAUUCUAGAAACUAUUUGCAAAAAAUUAUUUCAGAAAAGCUCAUGCAAACUGCCGAAAUCGAAGACUUGAAACGGAAGAGUCUACGAAGUGACACCGAGAAGAAAGAGAUUGAGGGAAUCCGAGUGAGGCUCGAAAGGGAAAUCAGUGCUCUUAAGAGACACGUGGAUGCCGUAAGUGUCUUGCCCCAACUUCUCCAUUUGUACGGUCACACUUGCAGCUGGAAGAAGAGAAGGGUAAAACUGAGAAAGCAGUGCGGGAAACGAUGAAUGAGCGGAGAGCCAUUGACAAGUCGCUCGCUUCGAUGGAAAGAGAGAACCAGCAGUUGUACAGGAACUGUGCUCAGCUGCAAGCGCAGAUUCAGAACCUCGAACGAGACGCCGGCAACCGAUCGGUGACGAGGUUGGCGAAGGAGCAUUCGCUCCUCGAGGCACGCAUCGCCGCUUUGAUCGAGGAGAAGAGACAGGUAUAAAAGAGUCUUAAUUAGAAAGAAACCAGAUGAAUUCAGUUGCAAGCGAUGCUCGACCAGAAGGAUGCCAACUACUCGCACAAACGGAAACUUCUCGAGUCUCAAAUCCAACUGCUCCGCGAGCAACUUGAAGCGGAGCGCCGAAAGCGAACGAAAGGAGUCGUGGCGACGGGCCCGUCGGGCGGAAGACGGACUGUCCAGCACACUUCCGCGUUCAGGGUAUGAGAAUGUGACGGACAGGAAAAGGGCUCGAAAUUUGAUUGAAACUGUCAAAACAGUCAGGCCUAUUUCAACAGAAAUAGGCUUCCACUUUUGUCUUGCUCAAUCAAUUUCGUUCCCACUUUUCGCCACCGAAAAGCUAAAAGCAUGAUGCUUCUUUCCCCUGACCCAUUUUAUUUUCGAUCACUUAACACUAACACCUAUUAGUUACAGAAACCCUUAACCCUCCUGCCCUGUCCUAUGUCUUGUCCCUUGUCUUUCCCUUCUUUGUUCCUCUAAUUCUCUCUGCCAUGUAUGUACUAUUUCUUGAACUGACCCAUAUCUAGUCUAUAUCUUCUUCUAGCCUCUAGAAUAGCUUUCCCCCGGUCUCUUUCACCCCUAAUUGCCCAGUUCCGUCUUUUUCUCGAUCUCAUGUACCCCAUAGGCCUUGCCCCCUUUCCUUAGACAUUUAGACCGUAGGCCAGUGUGAUGAUCUCUUUUCCUUUUGUGCCCUCUUCUUCAUAAAACUUGCUUUUAGUUUGUCCGUGUUUCUUCUUUUUCGCAAGGCUUCUGAUCGCAUGAUAUUGGUGGAGGAAAAGGGAAAAUGAGAGCGAUGGUUUAUUUAUUUGAAUGAUGCAAGUGCGCCACAAUGAACAACACAAACUCUUCGGUUUUGCUCGCAAACUAACAGAGCUCCACCACCACCUGACCUCGCGAAUAUCCCUAUGGCGCCCCAGGAACUUUCAGAACUUUCAGCACACAAUCGAACGUCACCGUUCCCUUUCGCAAUCGAGCGAACGGACGGUCUUGGAGCAGCGAUACGCGGAGUACGUGUACUCGGGCGACCGUACUCCCGCCGUCUUCCACCACGUCGUCAACACGCCGCCCAUCUCUCCGCUAUCCCAUUCUGACUCUUUCAAUUCGGGUACUCUGAUCAUGUAGCAAGUGCACUCCAUUGAAACACCUUCUCAAUAGAGCGCAAUUGUGUUAUCUUAACUUUUAUUGUACAUUUUCAGACGUUGAAAGAGAGUAUCGGAAUCAGAGAGACGCAGACAUCGGUCAUCUUCAGCACUAUUGA